UCCUUCACAUAAAUAAACUGUACUGACACAACACCCUCAUCAUCAGCAACAUGAGUAAGAUUGCGAUAGUUGUUUUGAUUUUCGCCAUAUUUUUGGUGAUAGCAAUAGAAUGUGGUUAUCGGAGACGUUACAGGAAAAACAAGCAUGCUCCUGGAUUCAGACGACAUGUUGUAAACGACGAAGAUAAGGAAGACAGUGACAGACCUUUUAGACACUCUUAUAGGUGGCAACGUCGGAGGCCAGGAAACAGAAGGUUUCACUUAGGUUUAUUCAACAACAGGAGGAGAGGGUUCAAUUUUGAUUUUGAUUUUGAUUUUGACUUCAAUUUUGAUUCUAGAAAACCAUGGUAUGAAGGGCCAAAUAUUUGUACUUACAAAGAUAUAAUCAAGAAUGAAACCAACUCUGACGAAAUUGAGAUUACCAGUCAUCACGUGAUUAGAUCUCAAGUCUGUGAUGACAAAGGAUCUUCCUACAAAUGUACUAAUAGUUUGGUGGUUGGUGGUAAAGAGGAAACGAUUGUAGAGACAAAAGAAUGUUGUCCCGGCUUUACUAGGAAGAUAAAUCGAAUUGGUUGCCCGACUGCUGUUGAAACAAAGAAUCUGCUGGACAAAGCAAAAGAAUUGAAGCUCACUAAGUUUAUAGAAGCGAUGAAAAUAGCUGGAUUAGAACAAGAUAUAAAGAAUGGGAAUGUCACAAUAUUUGCGCCUGUUGACAAGUCAUUUGAUCAGAUGUCUGAUCUUUUGGCACCUAAAUCACAGAUUACACUACAGGAUACUGGCGUUUUGAUGGUGUCUCAGCCACUGAUUGAUACAAUGAUCUCUGAUUUAAAGGCCAUGUUACUUGGUCAUCUGACUCCAGAGGUUUAUACCAGCAGCAGACUAAAUGAUGAACAGCUUAUUGAUACAGCAAGUCCAUACAAAAACAAAAUCAGAAUUAAUUUCUAUGACAAUGAACUUAUGACUGCAAACUGCAUAAAAGUGAAAUCUCGGGAUGCAAUAGCCACAAAUGGAGUAAUAAACGUUGUUGAAGAGGUCCUAGAGCCUGUGUCUGAGACGUUAAUGGAAAUCAUUUCAUCUGAUCCUGAAAUGAGUUACAUGAAAACUGCAAUUGGCAAGAGUGGUCUAGGAAAGAUGUUCCGUGAUGAAGGCCAGUUAACGUUGUUUGCACCCAGCGAUAGUGCAUUCAGAAAAUUGGACCCAAUCCUUCUUUCAAGAAUUUUGGAUGGGGAUACCGAGUGUCUAAUUAAGUUAUUACAAAAUCACAUUCUUCCUAAUGUAAUAUGUUCUCAUGCCAUACAAGGUAGAUCAAAGUCUAGAAACAUGUUAAACCACAUGGUUAAUCUGACAAGAGCUGCAGACGACAAACUAUUUGUCAAUGGCGCGCAGUCUGUUGACACCGAUGUCAUGGCCACAAAUGGUGUACUUUAUGUGAUAGAUGAUGUGUUGGUCCCUGAUGAAGCAUUGGAUGUGUUAGAAAUUGCACGAAGAUCUGGGGCAUCAGCUAUUGUAAAGUUGAUUGAAGACACAGGUUUGGCUAAAACUUUACAGACGACACAAAAUCUAACACUGUUUGCUCCUAGUGAUGCUGCCAUUGGUAAUUUAGAGAAGGUUCCCACUGAUCCCACAGAAUUAAUGAAAGUGCUUACAUUCCACGUGGUUCCAUCUGAAGAACAUACUUGUAGAUUGUACAAUGACCAACAGCUAGAUACACUAAACAGUGGAAAACAAAUCAGAUUCAACGAGUAUACAACGCCAUUUCCUUUUGCGAGAUUCGAUUGGAAAUGGGUCCAGACUGCACAGUGUGCUACUAUUGAGAAAUCAAACAUCAGAGCAUGUAAUGGAAUAAUUCAUAUUGUUGACAAGGUUCUGAAGCCUCCAGCUGGAACAAUUCUGGAUGUUCUUGCUCUGGACAACAGGUUUACUGAAUUGGUACAACUGAUCAAAAUAGCAGAAAUUGGUGAUAUGUUAGAGGAAGAUGGUCCAUUUACUCUAUUUGCACCUACAAAUGAUGCUUUCAAACGUGUUGAUGAUGCAGAAUUACAGAACAUUGUAAACGAUAAAGGGAAGUUAAAACAUGUACUAUACAAUCACAUAUUUAAAGAUCAGAUUUGUUGCUCUGGUUUAAGCAUAGUUGCUGCAAACGUUGGAUAUGGAGCGAGGCAACUAAAAUCAAUUUCUGAAGAAAGAUUUACAGUUCAAGAAAUGGGUAACAAAACUGAAAUCGGAGGCUCACAAAUUACUGAAUGUGACAUGAGCACAACCAAUGGGGUCAUACACGUGUUGGACAAAGUAAUCCUUAAAAGGAAAAGAAACUUCAUGGGUGAUGAUAUCUGGGAUUGGUUUAGGUUCUGAUGUUAGUACGAUAAAUGCUGAUGGUUUGUUGUUUUUGUAAUAGGUAGAGACGUUUGAAGAUCUGUUAACUAUUAUAUUUGAUUAUUAAUUUAAAAAAAAAAUUAUUUCUUAUUUUCAUUUAAUAAAUGUGCUCUCAAA